CAAGCUCUUCUAACGUUCGUUAGACCUUAACCUUCCUAUCAAACAGUCCUAUUGACAGUACUGGUCAUGUCUGAUGACCCAGUGCAUUUUAAUUUGGAGGAUGAGGAUGAGUGCUGGGUACGGCUGGAAGACUACAGAAUGCUUCUCAUCAAGACAAUCGAGCCGUCAAGAAUAACACCUUAUUUGAGGCAGUGUAAGGUGCUGAGCAGUGAGGAUGAGGAGCAAAUCUACAACGACCCCAAUCUGGUUAUAAGACGCCGAAAAGUUGGGGUUCUGCUGGACAUUUUACAAAGAACCGGUCUCAAAGGGUAUGAAGCUUUUCUAGAGAGCUUGGAGCUAGACUAUCCAGACCUUUAUCGCAAAAUCACCGGCAAAGAGCCGGCUCGGGUCUUCUCUGUACUUAUUGACACUGCAGGUGAAUGUGGCCUCACUCAGUUCCUCAUGAAUGAGGUGUCUCGCCUACAGAAGCUCAUACAUGAUGAGCGAAAGGCGAGGCUGGAGGUAUCUGCACAGGCCGCAGAGCAGCUUGACACCAUCCGCCAGCUGAAACAUUGCGAGAGUGAGCUUCACAAACAGCAGGAGCGAGGGCAGCGCAUCCGAGAGGAGCGUGAGCGUGUUAGUGAGGAGGCGCGUCGAUUGAGAGAUGAGAAUUACAGUCUGAUGCACAGUCUGACUCGACUGAGCGAAGAGAAAAACUGUGCGCAAAUGUGUAACAGGGACCUCCAGCUAGAGAUUGAAAGACUCAAGCACAGCUUAAUGAAUGCAGAGAGCGAUUCAAAGAUACAGCGGAAAAAGACAAUAACUUUGAAAAAUGCCAUGGAGCAGAGGCCGAGUCAAGAGAUGAUUUGGCAGCUGCAAAGAGAAAAUGAUCUUCUUACAGCACGUAUCCAAGAGCUUGAAAGUGCUUCCAAAGCAACUCCAGCACAUGUAAAACUUGAUGAACAGUCACUAGCAGAUUUCAAGCAACAAAAUCAGGCACAAUACCAGAAGCUGGUGAAUGAUCUCUACAAUGUACGCAAAGAUCUGCAUGAUACGCAAGAGCUACGUGAUAAGUUUCAAGAGGAGAAGGAUGAGUUGGCAUUGAUGUGCACCAUGCUAAAAAAGGAUUCCAAAAUGUAUUGUGACCGAAUGGAAGACAUCCUGAAGCAGCUGGAAGAGGUCAUUAAAGAAAGAGACAGGGCUAUUGCUACAAGAGAGGAGUACCAUUUGGAGAGCUCAAAAAAUCUCCAUGAGAAGGACAAUUACCGGAAACAGAUCCGAGAGAUGGGAGAACGUUAUGAUGAACUUCAAGUCCAGUUGUUCCAUGCUCAAGGAGAAGUUCUUGGCCUCCAAGCAAAACUACGCAAACAAAACAAUCUAAUUCAUUUGAACUCAGAAGAAAGCCCUUUGAUGAGUUCAUUUGAGCCUAGCAUCUUUCCGAAAACUGUGUCCUCUGAGGAGGACAUCCCAAAUAACUGCAUACUUAAAGGACGAUACAACAUCUAUAAUGGGAGGAAACGUGCUGUAAGAACAAAAAGGUUCACAGUUAAAGAGAAUGUGCAGUGCAUCCUGGACAACACUACCGGGAGUGAUACAGAUGGGUUGUGACAUACAGCUGUGGACAAGACAAAGAACUGUAACUUUCUUUAAAAGGCAUGUGUGCAGUUUGAAGGGAAUCUGGCAUGGCUUUGCAUUCAGAGACCAUAAAAAGUUUCACUGCUUUGUUUACUGUAAUUUUCAUGAUUAUAAACUGCCACAGUUGCUGUUGUUCACUAAAAAAUUUGAAUGACAUGCAUUAAAUAUUAAAUCGAUGCAUUAGCUUUUGUUUUGCCCUUAUCAAUAGCAAAAAAAAAAAAAAAAAAUUCAACUAAAUACUAGGGGUUAGUUUUGCAAAAACGAUGCAGGGUUAAUAGUAACUCUUAUUUAGUCAUGUGUGUAUUCACUUGUGCGGCACAUUUCAGAAGCAUCGAUUUGCUAAAGAUAAGUGCCUCGUUUAUUUAUGAGCUGCAUGCAAGUGUCCGCUUUCAGGUAAUAUCACAUUAUUUGACUGCUUUAAACAUGAUAAAGGUCCCGAAAACGUAGAAGACACAUUAGCGAUUAUGUGAAUAAUUUCAUUAGAACACUUUUAAAAUAACUUAAAAAAUAAAAACUAUUCCAAAAAAACUCUCUUACACUAUAUCUGUUUACAUGUUUCUUUGGUCUUGGUCAUAAUAGAGUUGCACCACCUGCAGGGUGAAAUUCAGGCUUCCAAGGGUCCCUCCUUGACAUUGAGAAACACCUCACAUUUGCUCAGUUCACUACUCCAACGAAUUCUUAUUCUGAUUUCUCUUAGAUCCUUAUCUUUGUAUAUAUAUAACAAAAUGUUGCCACCUACAGGACAUAUCAUGAAUUACAAUGUCACCACAUCACUAUUUUUUCAUGAGAGCCACACUGAUAGGUCAGGGUCAAUAGGAGAGCCGCCUUUACCACAAAGUAUAAAAAGUUACCAGUCAGUCCAGUCAUAAAUAGCAUGUCUGCUUAUCAAUCUGUCAAUCUUUUGCAAUGCAAUAAAUACAAGGGCAAAUCAUUCUUUGUCAUUUACCAGUCAAAUUUGUAACUGAGACAAUAUGAUUUGAUCCUUUAUUGACAAAAACAGGAUUUUAAUGCUAAGCAUUCUUAUAAUAUGCUUAUGCAGUAAUCCCCAAACCACCAGGGGUCACAUUUCUCGUAAUUUCAUCCGGUGCUGCACAGAACGGUUGGCGACCAUGUAUGAUCUUGGACGACAGCUUUCCUGUCCCAGUAGUUUGAAUAUCCAAAUCUCACAAUGUCAUCCUUUGAUAAUUGGUUACAUUUUUUGGUUGUCUUAUCAUAGUUUGCCUUCUGUCUUUAUUCAUGAUAAAAGAAAAUAGAGCAAUGUUCUAUAGACAGUUACAUUUGCAGACUCCAUAUAUCAUUAAGAUCAUUAUUUCAGUUAACUGAGCAUUACAUUCCAGAAAACUUGUCAGAUUCUACAAGCAUGUAACUAUUUUCAUGUUUUUGUAUAACAAUACUCCCCUCAGCAACAAUGUUUUUUUCUCUUUUAAGUUAUCUAAUUUUGUGUUCUUUUUUGGACAGUUUACAGUGCUGUAUUAUCUAUAUUACUGUCAAUUUCAAUAAAAAACUGAGGAUUACAUUUCCAAGCCAUUCAUAUAUUACAAUGAUGUACACAAAAAUAACAAUCAACUUUACACUGCGUUCCAAAUUAUUAUGCACAUGCCCUUUUUGUUUAUUUUUCAAAUACAUUCAGUAAGUUUACAAAUUUUAUUUUACCCUCAACAGUAAUAAUACAUUGUGGAUGUUAUUCUAUUUAAAUUAAAUAAAAAUGUCGAAAGAUACUUUAAUACUUUGAAAAAUAUGCAACAUGUGCAAUUUAUCAAAUUUAUAAUGAUAUAAUGGAUAAUUUCUGGGUUGUUUCCUUUGUCUUAAGACAACGUUUGCGGUUUGAUCCAAAAACAGAUAUUUCUCAAAUGUGCUGCAUGCACAAACAUUGUCCAAAAAACAAAAAUGUAAAAUAAAUAAUGCAUUUACACAAGUUACAUAAUAAUAUAUGAGCAUAUCUUUGACAUGACUUUAACUCUCCCAUUUAUUAAACUUAGUGAUACAAAUAUAG